AUGAGUUUGGGUUCAGGAAAAAUACGCGCCGAAUUGGACAAUCGAGCUCGCCAGGAAAUUCUUAAUAAUAGUAAAAUCGACUCUUUGAACACAAAUAUCAAUUCAACGAAAGCGGGUAUUGUUUCGCAGCAGAAAUUGGCUCAGGUUUUAUGCAAAACUGAUCGGGCUCAUCUCACACCCAUCGAAUCAAAUUCUUCUAAACCCUCACAACAAUCGAUCUCCCAAAUCGAUCAAGGUGUUGAUCAUAAAAGUGGUAUUUUAAACUCGUUUGAUAAUUUUCCGUUUUCCAAUGAAAUCUUUAAAGAAGCCGUUAAUAGGCUUAUCGAGCUUAACAAAGAUAAACUUACUGAUUCGCAACUUGUGGACUUGGUUUCUUCAUUUUAUUUAGUUACAAACCAAUGCUUAAAACAAUUUAAUGCAAAUGCAGUGGAUUCUUCCAUUUAUUCUUCUGCUAAGUCGCAGACAUCGGAUAACAUUGAUAAACACCAAACUGGAUUUUCAGUAGAGAGUCUAGAGAGUGGAAAAGUCACAAUAGCAUCUGAUUCACCGAACCCUCCGUUGACUUUAAUGGAAAGAAAACGUCUGCAAUGGAUGCAGGAAAAUGAGGAGCUCGAACGUUUAAGCAAAGGUCGAGCCCUUCCAGCGGUUCAUAAUCCGACAAUGGCCGAGGGUGUGAUGCAUCAUGAAAAGGUCAUUAACCCAGCUCCUCCUCCUGCAAAGGAUCACCAUCGAUUCAAACGAUCCAACUAUCUCGCGGGGCUUCCAGUGGGUGAGGAUCCGCAAGCUGAAGCUGUAUUGAAGGAGCAAAAGAGACGCCAAUGGUUAGCCGAUCUUGACCAUCAGAUUGAGGAGCGACGUAUUGCACGAGAACAGGAACGCCUCAAAAAUUUGGCACUAGAUUCUGCCCCACCUAGGAGAAGUCAAGAAAUUGAUUCCUCUUUGACCGCACCUGCUUAUACUGAGGUCAAAUCAGCUAGUUAUGGUAGAGGUCGUGGUCUAGCCGACUUAAUGGGACGACAAGAAUCGGAAUCGGCUACCAAACGUGAGCGGCAACGGGAAUUAAAAGAGGCGUAUGCCGAACAGAUGCGGGAACGCGACGAGAGGCGUCGGAAAGAGCGUGAGGCAGAAGCUAAAGCAGACGAGGCAAUUCGUCUUGAAAUUGAGCGCGAACGUCGUCUCAUCGAAGAACAAGAGCUCAAACUUGCUCAGCGUCGUAGACAAACUGAGUUAGAAGCUCAAGAACGUCUGAUUCUUAAAAUAACUGAGAACAAUGAAAAGCAGCCCCAAAGUAACAUUCAUCACUCUUCUAGCAACGCUAGUCGAAUACCCCGCUCCACUAAUCAGCCGGUGUCGCAACCAGGAAAAAGGCCAAAUGAUCUCAAAUGUAUAAAGAAAGAGCAAUUUGGGAGUACUUAUACCAUUUCUAACCCAACUGGGAGAUCAAAUAGUGGUUCAAUUGACGUCCAUAACCAGAAUCGAAUAAAUAAAGAUACACCAACAGUUAUUCGAACGGAAUCUACUUUGAUAUCUUCUAGUCCUCCUUCUUUUCCUCCUAGUCGUCCAACUUCUGAUUUCUUAUCAGCUAUCGCUGAUCCUGAUUUUGCAUACCCUCAGGAAUCUCGAGAUUCAGCCCUUCGUGAAGUUUCCAGAAUCAAAGAGAACCUGGCAAAACGUCAAAACGAACUCAGAUCGAUGCAGCAGAACUAG